GCGUGAGCUCACGAGUUACAUAAGGCAUGUGAGCUAUGUCUUGGGGGAAUGAGCGACCCCUACACGGGGCUCUACAUCCCCUCGCCCUCUCCAGCCACAGACCACCAUGAGCCGAGGGAGGGCUGGGCGUGAGAGGUGACCCCGUGCUCCCCUGCCCUGGGUGGAGGAAGGGGCUGCCCAGCCACCCUGAGAACAAUGGUAUGUGCAGAAGAGAAGGGACUGAAACUCUUUGAAGAUGUUCCAGGAUUUAGCACCCAGGGAGCAGCGGACAGAGACUCAGCCCCAGCAGCCCCCCGCACGGAGGGAGGAAAGGGCUCCCCAGGCUGCUCAGGAGAACGUUCAUUGCUAUAGUGGGCAGUUGCCUCCCAACCAGGGAUGGUCACCCCUUGCCCGGGGACAGUCACCCUCCCGGAAUGGAGCUUCAUUUCUCGGGGCUGGGAAUCACCCUGGAUCCUUCCCCACCCAGGGUGCUCUUGGGCCAUCUGAGGGCUCCUGGGUCAUUUUGGGCCAUCUGAGGGCUCCUGGGUCAUUUUGGGCCAUCUGAGGGCUCCUGGGUCAUUUUGGGCCUUCUGAGGGCUCCUGGGUCAUUUUGGGCCAUCUGAGGGUCCCUGAGCCCAAUGACACUUCUGCCCAGGCUCGUGCGGCUGGAGGAAGCCGCCAGGCAAGGUCCCCUCCAUGCCCUGGUGCAGCCUGGCCUGGGAGAGAGGAGGCCCCAGCCACGCCGAGAGCAAAGACAGGGCAGAGUUUCUCGGACGUGGCACCGGGCCAGGGAGCCCCUCACGGCUGCAGGGGUUCUCCACGGACUCAGCCAUCUGGGGAGAGCAGCCCAGAGCCCUCGGGCCUCCUGCCGUAUUCUGUGGCCUGGGACUUGGGGGGACCUGAGGACACUGGGACACCGCUGAAGGGAGGUGCAGACAGUGUGUACUGGCGUUUCCGGGGACCGAGCCCAGAAGGAGCGGGACAGCCACCUCCUGGCCUGGAGGAAAAUCCUGCUCCCUGGCAAGAAAACCACCCUAGAGGAACGGGGUUGGGGUGCCGGAGGCUUUCCUCAGGCGGCCGCCCCUUUCCUCCUCCAGAAGCAGGGCAGGAAAAGAGCAUUCCGCCCAGGCAGCGAAAACCCCAUCGGCCCCUCCCGCCCCACCAGGGGCCGCCUGGAGGCACGGAGUUCCGGCCGGGAUGAGGCCUGGGAAGCCCAGCGACUCACAGGCCACGGCUGCUUCCCCUCUGCGAGGAAAGAAAAGUCCCUGCAGAGCGGCCCUCGGCUCAGGCUGCGGUGCCCAAGCAGAGGAAGGGAGCGUGCUUGCAGAUGCCUCCUGCUGGGAGCCUGCCACCCCCGCCACACCCUGCGCGGGGACAAAGCUCUCGGUGGCUGUGGCGGGGACACACCGCGUGCGGGUGGCUGCAAGCCAGCAGCCCCGAGCGGCCCCUCCCGCUAG